UGGACACCUUAGGAACAGCGGCACAAGUCAUGCUCGUAACACCCGGGUAAUGAGACCCGCUAGUUCGGAAUCCGACGGACAUGCGCAGUUGGCUCCCAGUGCCAGGGAAUGCGCCAUGUUGGAAUUCUAGAGCGCUCGACAGUUUAUAGAAGCUAGCUAGCCAGUGGCUAGCUUUUUAGGGACAGCGGUGCAUAAUCCGUGUUUGGUCGCAACGUUUACUUGUUUGUUUAUUAUUUUUUUAUUUCUAGGGUUUACUUGAGAAUUGUCAAGCGUUUAACUUCGAAAGGAAAGGGAUUCCGCCCGAGGUGGGGGUCGUCGGAAGAAGAAGGAGUUGAAUGGAUCCGAGGGUUGCCUGGAUUCAGCCCGAACAGAAAGGACCCUCUGACGCCUUAUGGAUGCACGUCUGGAGGACCUCUCAGGACGUCCGGCCCGGCUCGGCGCUCCACCACCCGCAGCACCUGUGCCUCAACACCCCGGCGCUCGACUCGAGUGUCCGGCGGGACGGCGCGGCCACGGCGGCCGGGAAGCGCAUGAUCGGAGGAGAAGGAGGAGGAGGAGGCGGCGGCGGCGGAGGGGGCGGCGGCGACAGCGGCGGGACGGCCGAGCGUCUCGGAUGUGGAAACACUACAAACCAGCCUCCCGGGUUGUGCUUAGCGACGCGGGGGUCCCCGAGCUGCUCGUCCCCCGGCGCUAAGGAGGGACCGAGUGGUGCGGGUGUGGGAGAGGGGAAAGCAUCGCACGGCUCCGGGUGGGAGAGCCCGUCCGCGGGAUGCGCGGUAAGGACUAACUGCGUCUGCGGCCCAGGGUCCGGGAAACUCGGUGUCGGGGACCCCCUCGGCGGCGGGAGCCUCCACACCCACGGUGCCCAUCAGCCCCUCUAUCACCUCCGUCAUCAGCAGCAUCAUGAUCAUCAUCAUCAUCAUCACCACCACCACCACCACCGUCAGCAUCAGCAGCACUCGGAGGAGCCGGAGCCGGAGCAGCAGCGCGGACUCGUCCACCACCACCCGAGCCGCAGGAAAAGCGAGAACAAGGCGAGCACGUUCGGUAUCAACUACCUGCUGUCGAGCUCCGCGGGCGCGGGACGGAGGAGCCCGGGGACCCCGUGGAGGAGCGGCCAGUACAGCGCGGGCGUGGACGGUCUUCAUGAGGAAAUAGUGGAUUUCUACAACUUCAUGACUGCACGCCCGGAGGAAGCAGCCAUGCGGAAGGAGGUGGUGAACAGAAUAGAAACCGUCAUCAAAGAGCUCUGGCCUUCAGCGGAUGUCCAAAUUUUUGGCAGCUUCAGUACAGGACUUUAUCUUCCAACAAGUGAUAUUGACUUGGUGGUUUUUGGGAAAUGGGAGAGAACCCCACUGCAACAGCUGGAGCAGGCCUUACGGAAACAUAAUGUGGCAGAGCCUCACUCCAUUAAAGUUCUUGAUAAAGCGACUGUACCAAUAAUAAAAUUAACAGAUCAAGAGACGGAAGUCAAAGUGGACAUCAGUUUUAACAUGGAAACUGGGGUUAAAGCAGCUCAGUUGAUCAAGGACUUUGUCAAGAAGUACACCGUGCUGCCUUACUUGAUUUUCGUCUUGAAGCAGUUUCUGCUCCAGAGGGACUUAAAUGAAGUUUUCACUGGCGGCAUUAGCUCCUACAGCCUUAUUUUAAUGGCAGUUAAUUUCUUGCAGUUACACCCAAGGAUUGAUGCUAGGGAUCCCAAUAUCAACCUUGGCAUCUUACUUAUUGAGUUCUUUGAACUGUAUGGAAGGAAUUUUAACUAUUUUAAAACUGGCAUUCGGAUCAAGGAUGGAGGCGCUUAUGUUCCCAAAGAAGAAAUAUUGAAAACCAUGACCAAUGGGUAUAGGCCUUCAAUGCUGUGCAUUGAAGAUCCCCUGUUGCCAGGAAAUGAUGUAGGACGGAGUUCCUACGGUGCCAUGCAAGUCAAGCAGGUAUUUGACUAUGCCUAUAUUGUGUUGAGUCAUGCAGUCUCUCCACUCGCUCAUUCUUACCCCAACAAAGACAUUGACAGCACUUUAGGUCGUAUUAUCAAAGUGACCCAGGAAGUGAUUGAUUACAGAGAGUGGAUCAUUAAGAAAUGGGGGGGCAGACAGAAUACUGAGCUUGAGACUUGUGUUCCUCUCUUGAAGGAAAGCGAGCACGUCGAUCCCAGCAGCCUGAGUGGCCCUCUGCAGCAGCAGAGGGACUCCACCUCCCCCCACAGCUCGGAGUCCCCUCUGUCGGUUCCCAGCCCGCAGCAGCACUCCUCCGCAUCCUCCGCCUCGUCCGUGUCCUCGCUGUCUGGGAGUGACAUUGACUCUGAUUCUACUCCUUGUACAGUUGCAAACACUGUUCCCUACCAAGUCCAAACACUAACAUUAGCCUCCAUGGCACCUCCGCUGCAUCUAUCAGACAGCAAGCCAAACUUCACUGGAACAUUGGCAACAUCUUCCAGAUCUCAGACCAGAAUGCCCAUGCCUGGAAAUGUAGGCGUCCACUCACUGCCCGGCAGACAGGUUUGUAUCGAAGGAGCUGCUAUGAAUGCUGUCCUACAUAUGCCUCCUCCUGCUGCCCCCUCUGCCUCCCCCAGCCCUCUGCCAAGCCCCCACCUACACCACAAGACCCAGAGCGGACCAAAGUACUCCGUGAAGGGACUUCACAAUCCCGGCACUGUUCACAGCCUUUCGAUGGGGAACCGGGCCCACAUCCAGUUCAGCCGUGGCAUCUGGCGUCGGAAGAAGUACACGCGGGAGAGCCAGCCAGUGAGCCUGAGCAGAUAAAAACAACUCAUCCAUCUGCAGUGUAGCCUUCAGCAAAACACACUGCUCUCCCCAGCACCACAGAAUAUUCAGACCAGCAUUUACUGCUGCAGCCUGUAGGUAGUGCUACUCCCCCUCCUCUGCAGCUGUAUCUCCGCAUGUUUCCUAUUUAAGGUGGUCCGAAGAAGGGGAAAAAUAGAUAUUGUUCAGUGCUCAUCCUGUGAUGACUUGUUUGGAUGUAAACUUUUUUUUUUUUUUUUUCUCUCAAACCCCCUGCCCUCCUGUUUUGCUUCAGUCGCCCUUUUUCGUCUUUUAGCUUUAACCUGAGACAGUCUGGAACAUCUUCAUUCACUGACUUAGGGGACCCUUUCAGAGAAGUGGCCCUUAAGGAGGGGACAAAACGCUAAUUUUCAAGGGAGAAUUGUGUGAACAUUUGCCACUUAUUUUCAUUUUAUUCAGAGAACACUGCACUUCGGAGUUGCUUUUUUUUUUUUUUUUCUUUUCC